AUGCCAUCACGUACCUCGGCCACGAUGAAAGCUCUUCAGCUACUUCGCCAAACCGCCAGUGAAGCGCCUUGUCUCGUCCUCACCGAGGUCCCAAAGCCGGCCCUCAUACCAAACCACGUCCUGGUCAAGGUCCACGCUUCAGCAAUCCACCCCAGCGAUGUUGGUAAUGCCUCGGGCUUUUUUUCGUACACACAAUACCCUCGCGUUGUUGGGAGGGACUAUGCGGGAGUCGUCGAAGAAGGCCCUCAAGAGCUGGUUGGACAAGAGGUAUACGGCACCAGUGGACGCGAGUAUGCCUUUACCAAGGAUGGCUUCCAGGCGGAAUACUGCCUCGUCCACGAAGAUGAGAUUGCCCUGAAGCCGAAAAGCAUAUCAUUUGUCGAUGCGGCCACGCUCGGCGUUCCAUUCACGACAGCCUCGCAAAUGGUCGAGAGGGCAGCCAUCACAGAAUCCGACACUGUCCUCGUCAUAGGGGCCAACGGCGCCGUUGGGUCAUCCGCAGUUCAACUCAUCCAGAACAUUGGCGCGCGGAUCAUCAAGGCCACCCGCGAUGCUGACGGCCAUGUGAACACCGAUCAAGACCCAGAAUUGAGAACCUUGGACGUCCUGACAGAGGACAAGGGAGUCGACGUCAUUCUCGACACCGUGGGAUCUCCUACCCUGACGGUAAAUGGCCUGAAGAAACUCGCCAAAAACGGCCGCCUUGCUUUCAUUUCCGCUCCCAAGGUCGGCGCUCGAGACAUUAGCUUCGACAUGCGUGACUUUUAUCGCGCUGAUUUGAGUCUUUUGGGAUGCAACUCGCUGAACCCUUCGGCGAAGGACAUGGCACGGAGGAUGAGCGCCAUGACGAAGCUUUUCGAGUCUGGGAAGUUGAAAUCCGGAAGCAAAUGGACACCGGUGCCUAUUGAUCAAGCCGUGGAGGCGUAUGGCAAGUUGACGAAGAGGACAACGGAGGAAAAGUAUGUCGUUGUCAUGGAGUAA